CCAUAUUUUUUGCUCGGAAUCCAUAAAGAAAAAACACUGAACAACUGUGAAUUUGGGAGUACUUGUGUCUGGGUGGUUAUGGUUCGUGGAUCUAUGUUAAUCCAAGACACUUCACACGGGCAGAGACUGAGCUCCACCGGGACAUUUGCGCGCUCGGAGCAUCCUGCAGCCUUCUUUGGGACAGUCCACUCUCAAGCGCCCCGACUUCAUGCAAGCUCCGGAUCAGAUGGGAAUUAAUAAAUAAACCCGCUGGAGACAUUUUCCGAGUGGACAUUUUUGUGCCCGACAUCUGGGCCUCGGUUUACGGGCAGUGUGUGCGCUUCAGACCCACCAGCAUGUUGUACACACAGAGGAGACCAUAGCCCAAUCCAGCAGGCUUCUCAAACAUGACAAGGUGCUCCAAGGCCUUGUUGGUGAAAUGAUGGGAGGCAGUGAGACUGUCAGUGGGGACCAGGAUGGGCUCCACAGCACUGCCGUACACGUCCCCAUCGGCUGGCAGCGCAGGGUGGAGGGCGCCCGGGUCCUCUACAUCAGUCCCAGUGGUACUUCCCUGUCCUCUCUGGACGAGGUAAAAACCUACCUGCUGACUGAUGGCACCUGCAAAUGUGGCCUGGAGUGUCCACUUGUUCUCCACAAGGUAUUUAACUUUGCUUUGGGGGUGAAAGUGGAGCAGUGCAGCCAGCCUGUGGGUAAAGUGGAGCAGGACAUGACCAAACUGUGUAACCAUCGGAGGAAAGUGGUAGCCAUGGCUGCCCUGUGCCGGAGCAUGCAGGCCUCCCAGCUGCCUUUCUCCUCCCUACACCACUCAGAGGUCACCAGUGGUAUGGACAGCUGUCAUCCAAAGAGGCCCCAAGUGGAGCGCGGAGAAGAUCAUCCCAAACUUCCCCUUGUCACAGGCCGAUCUCACAACACCUGUGUCAGCCCCCCAUCACCGCGCCGCUUCAUCUACCCCCAAAAUGGCUCCUCUCCUAUCCUGCACAGCACUAACCACCAUUCUUUAGACUCCAUAAGAAGACUCCACCACCCCCCUCCUCUGCCUCCCUGCUCCACAUCUAACCAGUCCUUCUCAGGCUAUAGGUCCCCACGCACUCCUACCCCCCUCGGCCCAUGUCCUGGGCAAAGAACACCCAAGACCCCUGACACACCUGGUUCCCCUCGAUUCGGGCCACUGGCCUCUCCUCCUCCCUCGUCUCCCGUGACUUUAGCUGGAGCUCGGACACAGAGCCAUCAGACACAUGGCUCUCCUCUAUCCAGCCCCCACUCUCACAUCUGUAUGUCUCCCCAGCAGCGCUCCAGACACCCCUCCGCCUCCCCCUCCCCAGCCUCAGAGCACGGAGAGGCAGGGGGAAGAAGGAAGUCCACAUCCUCCUCUCCUCACUCACCUCUCCCUUGUGCUUCUCCCAAUACCAACACACACUUCCCCAAGUACAAACUAGAAGACAUUUUGGAGCAGUUCAAACACUCAGGCAGUGCUAAUAACCACCACCUCCCCUUCACCAUCAGUCCCUCUGUGCUGAGCAGCCAAAGCCACCAGCCUCUGUCCCAGAAGCCCCCACACCCACGUGUCCCCUGCCCCUCAGGGUAUGGCCUGAGUUCUGUCCCCUCAAACUCUCACAUGCCCUUUAUGAACCACCAUAGUCACAACAGACCCCAUCAGUCUCCUUUCCCUGCCAGUAGCCUGCUCUCGGCGGCUGCCAAAGCCCAGAUAGUCAAUCAGAUAACCCAGGGACAAGCACCCAAUGUGGGCAGCUCCUCUGUGAGCGUGGACUCUUCUCUGGAGGGUGUGAAAGAGGCUCAACAGCAGCACAAGUCGAAGGUAACAAACAGCACUUUACAUAACAGCUACGCUUCUCCCCCCUCCACGACCUGCCCUGGACCUCCUCACCCUUCUCUCCUUCACCCCUCCCACCCUCUUGCACAGCCUCACAGCGAGCGUGGAGCCUCUCACAGGAAGCGUCAGAGGAGAUCCCCCACAGUUUUGAGCGUGGUGCGGGGAGCUCAGCAGCUGGUGAACGGUCCUAGAAGCGCUCCGGCGGACUCUUGUCCCACUGCCAUCAACCUGUCCACUCCUCGUCUCUCCUCUACCUCAGCGCUCCUCAGCCACCACCUCCCACUGGAGAAGCAGCUCCGGCUCCCCCCUCCACGCCUCGCAGCAAUCUCCAGGACUAAAGGACAAACAGAGGCGCUGGAUUUCACUACAGGCUCUCCUCUGGCCCUAGAACCACCAACACAACCCUUAUCGGCUCUGCUCCACCUGCUCAGUGUCCAGAAUGCACAGAAUGCCUCUGCAUCUGCUGACGCCAAUGGAGACACUAAACCAAUGAACAAAGCCCCUGUUUUUCCCAGCACUUACACAAAACAGACCAGCGACACUAACCCCAGCCUCUCCACUGCUCCACUGUUUCACUCUCAAUCUGUGCUCCAAGAGUCCAGUACACCACAGAAACUGUCUCCCACAGCGCAGCCCUCCCCCAUGACAUCAUCAGCUCCCACCUUUUCCCAGACUCCUUUGCAGCAGUCCUCACCACACGACUCUAUAGGAACAAGCAUCAGCUCUGCUCCAGCAGAGAUGAGCCACUGUCAGGGCAGCGGGACACCAGGCUCCCCCAAACCACUGGACCUGAGCACCCACGUGCUGGCCCUGCUUGCCCAGGCCCAGGCCGACCCAACCCACACUCCACAAGUUAUGUCUUCCCAAGAAAACCACUGCGCAGGUUCAGAGGAACCUGUCUGCUUGGACCCAAAGUCUCCAGUGGCCAAGCCCACAGCCAGCCCCAGCCCUGCGCCACCUGCCAUGGCCCUAGCCUCUGCUGUGGGUGACUCUGCCCCAUCUCCUCUGGCUGAGGCCUUUCCCUUCAUGAACCAGGAGCAACUCCUGCAGCUCCUCUCCAGUGGGAGCCUGCCCUCUCUGCUGGACCCCACUGUGUUGGCCUCUCUGCCCCUGGGAGGCCUGUGGCUUGGUGGGCAGCAGGGAACCCCCACAAAUCCCCCUCCACAAGCCCUGACAGGCCUAUCUGAGCAGCCGGACACCUUACUGAUCCAGUCUCAGGACCAACACAAGCAGAUGAACCCUCUGUUCCCUUUGCUGCCCCUGCUGAGCGCUGCUCAGGGGGAGCUGCCCUUCAACCUCCUGGGCCUGGUCAACCCCAUCCCACCAGCCGCCAGCCCCACCUCCAUCCCGGGACAGGACGGGGACUUGGGCCUAUCCGAAAAGCCUGGAAUGCAGGCUCUGCUCAUGGCUUCCCUGCUGCUGGGACAGCCUCUGUCUGGUGUGGGCCAGGUGAGCCUGGAGGUACCACUUCAGCAGCCGACUCUGGACAGUCUGUCUCUGGAGAAAGGCUCUGGUCUCAUGGACCCUGCGGCUUUGUCCGGGACUAGCCUCCUGGAGCUGCCUCAGGGCCUGCUCCCGAUUUCAGCUGGAUCAGAGGGCCAGCUGCUCCUCCCUCCCCCCACCACCUUCCUGCCUCUUAGCCCCGCCCUCCUCACUGCUGCCCUGAGCUCCGCUGAGCUCCACCCGCCUCCCAACCCUCAGUUAGGUCCUGCACAACAAACCCAACAAACCCCGCCGCCUCAGGCUGAAGGUGUGGACACGCUCAUCCCUCUUCCUCUUCAGAGCAAAGACUCCCCCCUCCUCCAGCAGCUCCUGCCCACUUUACUCAACACAGCUGUGUUGGGAGACCUCUCCAACAUGGCAGGGCUCCAGAACAUGAUGGGGCUGGGAGCAGGCUCUAUUCUCUUACCCCCAGUGCAGGCCUCUGCUCUGGCCAUGCCUCUGCUGCAGAGCCCUGAUGGAACCAUCAACCUCCUGAACAACUUACAGCUGAGCAUUGCCACAUCUUCAGAGGAGGAAAAGCCAGUCUCUAUGGAAACAGAAAGCCCCAUCCCACAGGGAGACAUUCCAGCCAAUCAGAUGACCCCUGACGCCCGGCCUCCUGAGGUCCCCUCUCCUCCCCCUGAGCCCCUCAUGGCCCCACCCAAAGCAGCGGGGCCCAAGCCUGUGAUCGACCCCUACACCUCCUUCAUGGACACUAUUUACACCUCUUUCCUGCAGGUCAGUGCGAGAGAGCAGGAGGAAGGGGCUCGCUCGGGGCCAUCUGACCCCACCUCACCCUUCUGUGCCUUACCUCCGGUGUCCUUUCCACUUGAGACACUGUCCCCUCCAGCACCCCCUCUGUCUCAGGCCAGUGCCCCGGUGUCUCUCAGCCCGCGCAGGGCCUGCUCUCUGCGAAAUCCAGACUUGUCCCGCCUCAGCCUGGAGGCGGCCGCACACUCCCCUGCUCAGGGCACCCCCAGACCCACAGAGGACGGGCCUGUGUCCCUGCUGCACAGGAAAAACAUGCCCCCCAUCUACCUGGAGGAGGCCCAGACGGACUGCACCAGGCCUGCAGCUGUGUGCCCCUACAUGGACACAGGGGAGAGGAAGAGACUGCUGCCCCCACCUGGGUACCUCAGUCCUGGAGACUCCUGCAGAGAGGACACCACAGGGAGCAUGCUGCUGGACCAACACACAAGUGAUGCAGUUGGAGGCUUGGCUGAAGCGAGAAGAGGACGCAAGCGCAAACAACUCCUUCAUAACGUGCUGGAGGACUUCAGAGAGCUGGACACGGCUGCUCUAGAGGAAGCAAAGGACACGACAGCCCUUUUGAAGUCUGACAGGUCAGUCCGAGGCCGCAGGAGAAGAGGCACCCGAUCCCAGAGGCAGUGAUUGGUCCACCCACCUCCUUUUCCCCACCCACUCCUCCACAAUCACCACUUUUGAACUGCACUAGUAACUGUGUCAUACCAACCGCUGUCACCGCAACCACUCUGAGCAUAAAGAUGUUAGGUAGGCCUUAGUCUGGAACGGUGUGAAAACAAAGGACUCUCAGAGGUGUAGAGGAGCGAUGGCUAGUGGUUGUAGGUCAGUUGGAUUUUGGUUGUUAGUUGGACGCAAAAGGAUCGCUGCCAACAGAGUAGAAGUAAUCAUACUGUUUACUAAUGCAUUAUAAAAUUCACAUAGCUUUGGAAAAUAUGCAUUUAGGGAUGCAAUA